GUUUUUCUUACUCUUCUGAAAAUGUUUCACGCUCAUGCACUGCGUGUCUAAUUUAACGCACCGUCUUUAGAUAGCUCACCAUGAACCCUUUAUGUGCCUUUCUGCUUCUCUUCAUCAUUCAGUACCCGGGUCCAUCUCUCCAGCAGUUUCCUCGACCAUGCACCACUCCAGAGGUUCUCCUAAGCAAACAAUGCUGUCCGGUUUGGCCAGGGGACGGCUCGGUGUGUGGGAGCCUCUCGGGUCGAGGCUUCUGCCAGGACGUCACGGUCUCUGAGCUUCCCAACGGGCCGCAAUACCCCCACACCGGCCUAGAUGACCGGGAACGGUGGCCUCUGGUGUUUUACAACCAAACCUGCCAGUGCGCAGGUAACUACAUGGGGUUCAACUGCGGCGAGUGCAAGUUCGGGUAUUUUGGUGCCAAUUGCGCGGAGAGAAGAGAGUCCGUGCGCAGGAACAUCUUCCAGCUGUCGGUAACGGAGAAACAGCGGUUCAUCUCGUACCUGAACCUCGCCAAAAACACAAUCAGCCCGGAUUACAUGAUCGCGACGGGCACGUACGCGCAAAUGAACAACGGCACGAGCCCCAUGUUCGCUAACAUCAGCGUGUAUGAUCUGUUCGUGUGGAUGCACUACUACGUGUCCCAUGACACGCUGCUCGGCGGGCCCGGUAACGUGUGGAGAGACAUCGACUUCGCUCACGAGUCUGCAGCGUUCCUACCCUGGCACCGCGUUUAUUUGCUGUUCUGGGAGCAUGAGAUCCGGAAACUGACCGGGGACUUUAACUUCACCAUCCCGUACUGGGACUGGCGUGACGCGGAGGAUUGUCAGGUGUGCACGGAUGAACUGAUGGGGGCGCGCAGCUCACUGAACCGAGGCUUAAUCAGUCCAUCCUCUGUAUUCUCCUCGUGGAAGGUGGUCUGUUCACAAGCUGAAGACUACAACAAUCGUGAGGUUCUGUGCGACGGGUCUCCUGAAGGGCCUUUACAGCGUAACCCUGGUGACCACGACCGAACACGUGUCAGACGGCUGCCAACCUCUGCAGAUGUGGAGUCGGUGCUCAGACUGACAGAGUAUGAGACCGGGUCAAUGGACCGGCAGGCCAACAUGAGUUUCCGUAACGCUCUGGAAGGUUUUGCAAGUCCAGAGACAGGUCUGGCAAUAACAGGUCAGAGUCUGAUGCACAACUCCCUACACGUCUUCAUGAAUGGAUCCAUGUCUUCGGUACAGGGGUCCGCCAACGACCCCAUUUUUAUUCUGCAUCAUGCCUUUAUAGACAGCAUUUUCGAGCAGUGGUUAAGGCGACACCAGCCUCCGCGCACACAUUACCCGACAGCCAACGCCCCAAUCGGGCACAACGAUGGAUAUUUCAUGGUUCCCUUCAUCCCACUGUACAGAAACGGAGAUUAUUUCUUGUCCACCAAAGCUUUGGGAUACGAAUAUGCAUAUUUAAUGGACCCCGGCCAGCGGUUUGUGCAAGAGUUUUUGACGCCAUAUCUACAGCAAGCUCAGCAGAUCUGGCACUGGCUGCUGUCCGCAGGAAUUUUGGGGGCGCUCGUGGCAGGAAUUAUCGCGACGAUAAUCACCGCAACAUGCCGCAGACGGCAAAAAAGACGAAAGCUGUCGGGAUACGGAGAGAGACAGCCGCUUCUGAAUAGCAGCGAGGAAGAGGGUUCGACUUCGUAUCAGACAACGCUGUGAAUCAAACACAUACACACUACAGGCACGUGUCAGUGAGGACAGAUACAAUACAUACUGUACCAAUGGGAAAAGACACAACAGACAGUUAACAAAGUCAGUUUACAGAGUCAUGUGAACAACGGAGGCCUCACCACUGAAUCAUAUGAUGAGGUCUCGCACCCGCACCAAUCAUGAGAUAAUGUUGGGAAAUGCAUACUACUGUAAAAUAAGUAGGGCGGUCAAACGAUUAAUCGUGAUUAAUCGCAUACAAAAUAAAAGUUUGUGUUUGCAUAAUAUAUUUGUGUGUGUAAUUAUUAUGUAUAUGUAAAUACACACGUACAUGUAUACAUUUAAGAACAUUUU